GUCCUUGGUCGAAACACAAUAAUAGCAGAACAAUGUUAAGCGUUUUGAGUAUUAUUGCUGCCUUAGUGGCCGUCAUUAGUGCCGCACCAGUUAAUGAGACGAGCAAUGCAAAUUACAAUGUGGUUUGUUACUGGGGUUCGUGGUCAUUUUACAGGCAAUCAAACGGAAAGUUUGAACCGGAAAUGUCAAACCCUCUGCUGUGCACUCAUUUGAUGUACGGUUUUGCUAAAUUGGGCGCAAACAACGAGAUCGCUGUGUUUGAGCCCGAUUUGGACCUUGGUGACACCGAUUAUAGAAGUGGCCUACCAUGGGGCCGAGGCAUGUAUCGGCGCAUUGAGCACUUGCGGGACGUGAAUAAAAACAUGAAGGCCUUGAUAUCGAUCGGGGGCUGGAAUGAGGGCUCAACCAAGUACUCAAAAAUGGCAGCCAAUCCCGGAGCC